GAAAUCUAUUGAUAUCCAGGACUGUUUAAAUAACUUAAAUAACAAUUAAAAAAGAUGGCAAAGGAAACAGAGACUCGCAUGAAUAUCGUGGCGAUAAACCGCGUCGAUCCGUAUGUCAAGAAUAUUGUAGAUAGCUCGGCACAUGUGGCUUUUUACACAUUUAAUGCGGAUACAAGUGAAUGGGAAAAGACCGACAUUGAAGGAGCCCUUUUCAUCUACAGUCGAAACGCAGAGCCAUUUCACAGCAUUUUUAUAAACAAUCGGUUAAAUACAAAUUCCUUGGUGGAACCGAUUACUGGACAAAUUGACUUGCAGUCACAACCACCAUUUUUAUUGUAUCGAAAUGAGCGAUCCAAAAUUCGCGGCUUUUGGUUUUACAACAGUAACGAAUGUGAUCGCAUCGGUGAUUUGCUGAAACGAUUGAUAAAGGACUGCAAAAAAACCAACAAUGCAGUGCCACACGCUGAUGUUGGCGAUGCAAAGAUUCGAUCACUUAUGCAACAACUUAAGAACACCAACAAUAACAUUAACAUCUUAUCUAUGUUGAGCAAAGCACAAGAUGAUUUCAACAAAGGUGCGUCGACGGCAAGCCCGAAUCCCAAACAGAAAGACUCUGCCACAAUUGCUUCUCAUUCCGGCAUAAAUAACCCAAGUGUAAUGAGCUUUUUUGCGGCAAUUCCUAAUGACGUCUCUUCAAUGCAACCCAUGAAGUCCAAUGGAGCGCCUCCUUUGCAUACUGUCGACGAAAUUGAAAAGAAACAACGAGGAAGCACACCGUCACACGAAAUGAGCGGUAAAAUUUCGCCGCAAAACAAUGGCCUAAGAGUGCAGAAAAAGCCAAGUACUCCCGAUGCUGAGCUAGGAACCUCGCCCAUAGUUUCGUUCUUCAAUUCAGUAUCACUGGGACAGCAUAACAUGGCAAACAACAAGAACAAACCGCUGGUCAAUGCAAUGAAUGUGAGUGACAUAGAACAGCAACAGCAAUUAUCAAACUCACAGAUUUUGGGAAAUGGUGGAAGACCGACCUUAAUUCCACCCACAAUGUUUCAGUCAAAGACACAAACUUACGGAAACGACUCAAAGAUCGAAAACACUUCGGAACUUAAACUCUUAACCAAGGAUCAGAUGUUACGUGCACUUGACUACCUUAUUAAAAAUGACACAGAGUUCGUUGACAAGCUCUACGACGCAUAUUUAAAGUCAAUGUAAUAAUAAUUAUAUGUAACUACUACUUAGUAACGAAGGAUAACAGCUUCUUGUCGUGCAAAAUGAUAUUACACAAAAUUUGAAAAGCGUGAUACUUUUGAACUUAAUCGUCUAUUUCAAACUAAAAUCCGUAAAUACAUUAGUAAAUGUGCUUUUUCACGUUUCUUUUGUUUGCUUCAUUACUUACAAAUUAAAUAUGUAUCAAUAGCUCAAAAUCAAACAAUAUAGUGUUAAAUCUGAAAAAUUGUAUAUUUAGCAUCAAGAUAUUAUUUCAAAUUAGUACAUUGGCUGUUAUUCAUCUGAGUUAUUUUAU